CAAGAUGGCGCCCAAAAAGAAAGGCGGCGGAAAAGGGGGAAAGAGCGGCGGCGAUGACAGCGGCAGCAGCGAGGGCAAAGCCCAGGGCCCGAAGGGAGGUGGCAACGCUGUGAAGGUCCGGCACAUCUUGUGCGAAAAGCACGGCAAGGCUAUGGAGGCCAUGGAGAAGCUGAAGUCCGGCCAGCGCUUCAGUGAGGUUGCCUCGCAGUACAGCGAGGACAAAGCCAGGCAAGGGGGAGACUUGGGCUGGAUGACCAGAGGCUCCAUGGUGGGACCUUUCCAGGAAGCAGCAUUCGCCCUGCCCGUGAGCAGCAUGGACAAGCCAGUGUACACAGACCCUCCUGUCAAAACAAAGUUUGGGUACCACAUUAUCAUGGUGGAAGGCAGAAAAUAAAGUGCUACCAGAGCUUUGUUCUGCCUACUAGCAGAAGCACACUGGCACAUCUCCAGUACCCACAGGCCUGUUGUUUGUCACGUCCCUUGGUACAAAGGAUUCAGAUGCAGCAGACUGGUUUCCUCCCCCAGGUGUGGAAGUGUCCCUUGGGAUCAUGUUGUGAUACAAGGAGGCAACUUGUUGGGCAAUAAACGUGCCCAGGGCAGGAGGAAGCAGCAAAAUUCAGUGCCCUGUUGCUGCAAGGAAAGACCAUGCAGAAGAUGGCCAGUGAUGUCCAGAGCUUGCAUGAAGCCCUGAUCAACCUGCUUCUCAGAGAUACUUUCCUGGAUGAGGUAAUCUACCUACUCACCAGACUGCAGCUGAGCAGCACCAGUGGACUCCUCCUGAGAGGACUCUGUCUCUUCUUCUCCAGACUGCUCAGAGGCCAGGGUGUCCAGGUGGAAGGACUCUCCUGCUGUGUCAAGCAUUUCUCCAGCAGGUUCUGCCUCUCAUCUUCCUCCAUCUGCAGGGCAGCCUGUGGGUCAAGCCUUUCUGCAUCUCUUUGGGGAUCAUCAGCCAUACCUGAGUCAUCAGAGGACUGCUGGUGGUGCCCAGGCAGGCUGUGGCUUGCCUCAGCCAGGCUCUCUGUGAAUGCAGAUGCUUCUGUUGGAGGUUCUGAUUCUCUUGGUCAAGGGGAUGAAGGCCAGGUG